AUGCCCCGAUGGGGAAGACCACCAGGGGCACAACGAGGGAGACAAACCGGGAGAUGGGUGGAUCCGUGGGUGGAUGGUGACGCACGGAUCGAGGAGAUUAACAGUGAGGACGAGUACAUUUUUCGGGAUAACCGGGGUUUGUACGCGAAACAAUUAUCUGGUAUGGACAUGGAUGAAAUUUUACGAUGGCGGAAACGGAUGCUGGAAUAUGAUGAGUUUUCUGACGAGACCGGGUUUGUCGAUGGUAUGGAUUAUAGCUUGCAUGAAGACGGGGAUAGUACGGUCGCUUAUGCGGUUCAGCUAGCUUUGAAAGAUAAAGAAGAAUGGCAUGUGGAACAUGCCCUGGAACGGAUCCGACGCGCGCAGAUGCUGGGACAGAAAAAUGUACGAUUGUCGAAACGAGAACUCGAGGCACUGGAACGCAAGCGAAUGCAGACCGGUGGCAAGAGAGAUCAUGAACGCAGGAAACCCACCACUAAGGGUUCUAGGUCGAGGGAUAGCUCCACGUCAGGUGUACAGCGACGCGGAUCCAGUAUAUCCCAGGACGGACAGACCGCACCAUAUCGACUCGCCGGCAGCAGUUGGGCCCGCAGCUCCGGCGCUCCGUCUCGACAAUCUCAACCGCCUACUCCAUCUCCUAAGUCCUCACUGCGAUAUUCUGAGCGGUAUUCCACUACGUUCCCGCAAGCGUCCUCAAGAGGUACAGCCUCCGCAUAUCCUCUCCCGGAUGACCCCAACUGGGUGCCUCCGUAUCAGCUCCCUUCUAGAGAUCAACAUUCGCACUCAAUGCGUAGUUCAGUGGGCCCUCUGCAGGGAGCCUCACGGCGAUCAUCGUCCUACAUGUCAGCAUACCAAACCGUCGCUAGCCCCAGCAGUGUACGGGGCUUAUUCACUCCUCGGAAGACUCCAUUGCGAUCUACGGUGGAGAGGACACACAACGACGAUGAGGAAAGCAAUUCAAAUGAUGGCCGAGCGCACAUCGUGGAUGUAGUUGAGCGCAAAGUGUCGACGGGUCGUCCAGCAACCAGCAAGGGCAGCCGUCAACGCCGCCACCGUUCUUAG